AUGGCAAAACGUAUAAUAGAAGACAGUGCAGAUGAAGAAGAAGAAGAUUUCUCUGAAAUGAAUUCAUCAGUGGCCCCAGAAUUGGAAGAAUCAGAAGAAGACGAAGAACAACAAGAAGAAGGGGAAGGUGAGGAAGAGUUAGAAGGAGAGGAGGAUGAACUGUCUGAAUUGAGUGAGAUUGAGGUUAGAGAUGUAUCCAGUGAAAUUGAAGAUACAACUAUGAUCGGUGAAUAUGAAGAAGGCGUUGAAGGAGAUGAAGAAGAUGAAGAAGAUGAAGGGGAUGAAGAAGGCGAGGAAGGGGACGAAGAGGAAGAAGAAGUGGGCCAGGAAGGUGAAGAUGAAGAAGGGGAGGAAGGAGAAGAAGCUGAAGAAGGUGAAGAAGACGAGGAAGAGGAAGACGAAGAGGAGGAAGAUGAAGAAGAAGUUCAAAGCAUAAGUGAUGACGAAGACGCAUACAAGAUCGAAGCAUCUGACAUGGACGAGGACCUAGAAUUAAAAGAGGAGGAAGAGGAAGAAGAACAAGAGGAAGAACCAAAACCAGUUCCCAGAAAGAUAAACAUAACUAUCAAGCCACCCACCAUGGCCGCAUCCACCAAAUCUUCAGAACAACCUUCUUCUUCAAGAUUACGACAAACGAGAAAACGUCAAUUAACAUACUACGACGAAGACGCAGAAGAAGAAGACGACGAGGAGGAAGAAGACGAAGAAGAUGAAGAGGAAGAAGAACAAGUAAGACCAACCAAAAAAAGUCGAAGGCAACUACCUGAACGACAAAUCCAACCUACUGAUCUCGAUGCCGAUCUUAUCUUAACAGAUGAAGAAACUGAAUAUAAUCCCCAUGCCAACCCCGAUAUAUCCAAGAUGACAGAAAGACAGCGAGCAAGAUAUUUGGAAGAAGAAGAAGAAGAAGGCAAUAAGAAAUUCUUUGAAUUAGAUGAUGGGACCGCCAAAAAGACCAAACAAAAGAAGAAAGAAUCCGAAGAAGAGAUUGCAUUACGGAAAUCAGAAAAUGCAAGAAAGAGAUUAGAUUAUAAGAAUAAGAUAUUGGAAGAAGAAAAGAGAGAUACCUUGAAUAAAUUAUUGAAAAGAAGAGCAACAAAGACAAGAGAAAUCAUUUCUGAAAAAGAAGGAACAGUGGAAGCAGCAAAACUGGUUGAUAAAGAAAGAAGACCAAUAUUGGAACAUCCUGCUUUUAUUAGAUAUGUUAAUAAUAUUACAAAUUUAAAUGGGAAUUCAGUUUUAGCUUUUAAUAAACCUUAA